AUGGGGAACGCUGCUACGAAGGAACGCUCACUCACCCCUCCCCACACUUCACAGCAUCAGUCUUCUACAAAUUUACCCUCGUCCUCGCGCCGCGGAGGUCCUUCUGGUUCUGGGCGGCUGCCCAGCACCAUACUGGGCGGCCAGGGAGAUAAUGGUGGCGGUGCGGGUGGAGGAUACUCGGGGCGUGGAAGGUCACGGCAUGGAGAUGGUUUGUUUGGGUUGAGCGGUAGGGAAACGAGGGAGCGGGAUCGGGAGGCAGAACGGGAAGCCCGGGAGUUGAGAAAGGCCGAGAGGGAGAGGGAACGGCUAAAGGAGAGGGAGAGGAGCUUAAGGGAGGAGAGUGUUGAUGGUGGGUGUUUUUUUUUCUUCUUUCCCCUUUCCCUUUUUCGCUUGGUAGCUCGAGAACUGCGCCCUCCGAAAUCACCGACAUGUUGUUUCAUUGGAGAGAUAUCGGAUUCUAAUUGUUUUAGGUGGCUUUCUUGUUACGCAGGGAGUAUACACUGGUGUUGAGGAUUUUAGGGACAAGAUUGUCCGACAGUUAAUGGUAUAUCUUUCCCCUCCCGGCCUAGCUACCUCACAUAACUCAGACAACAACUAGAUCGAGCGCAGAUUAGCCCCAUUUUUCAAGGGCCUCUCGGAUCACGACUCGAAUUGGACAGACGUGCAACUCGUCGCCGCCGUAAAAGGCCUUCCCAUCCCUCCCCCCUCCGCCCGCCUCUCGAUAGACGACCCUCUUCGAUCUCCCACCCCGCCAAGGUCUCCCGGCCCCUCCGACUCCGCAAACAAUCUAAUCGCGCCAAUUUCUACCCGUUCGCGAUCGCACUCGUACACAUCCGAGACGUUAACCCGUUCGGGGACGAACACUCCAACCCUCAACCUUGGCUCCCGCUCGCGUGCAAAAACCAUCCCAGUAUCCUCCCCGCACAACCCCGCGUUCGCCAGUACCGCCGGUCCACUAGAAGCCAAUGACCCGUCAAGAACCGUCGACGGCCGGCCGAUAGAGGCGGUUUUAUACAAGAAUGCGGUCGAAUGCCCCAUCUGCUUCCUCUACUACCCACCAUAUCUCAACAAAACACGCUGCUGCGACCAAGAGAUCUGCUCCGAGUGCUUCGUGCAGAUCAAGCGGCCGGAUCCACAUUUGCCGGAGCACCACGACGAUCCUAAUAACCCUUCGCCGAGUAACAGCUCCCCUGACCAGCUAAUUUCCGAACCGGCAACUUGUCCGUUCUGUGUAGAGCCUGAAUUCGGCGUGAUUUACUCCCCGCCACCAUUCUGGAGGGGAAUUCGGUAUGUGGCGAAUGCCGCCGCUACAUCCUCGGAAUCAAACUCUACAUCGUCAACGCCACCGCCAACGACUCCCGUGUGCCCGUCUCCCCCGCCACAGUCACCUGGCAGGAGGCCCGCCUUCUCCGUCACGUCCCCGGAAGUUGUGACAACGGACCGCAUCCGACCCGACUGGUCACAAAAGCUCGCAACGGCCCGCUCCCACGCUGCGCGAAGAGCCGCGGCGGCGACUGCACUGCACACUGCCGCGUACUUAAUGUCCCCAUCUCCGGCCUCGGCUUCCUCCUCAGCCACACCCGGAAAUAACCCACCGAGCACAUUUUCCUCCCGCCGCCUGAUCCGGCGUGCGCAGGCUGAGCUCCUCACUCCAUCGCAGCCACCCCUACCUUCCGCUCUUGCGUCCAGCAGUAACAAUACCGGCAACACAGACUACCUCUCCCGAAGAAGCAGAAUGGUAGACCUAGAGGAGAUGAUGCUCCUAGAGGCCAUAAGACUCUCUCUCCAGGAGGAGGAACAACACGGGAACAAGCCCGCUGAGGGCAAGGGCAAGAGUGUUGAGCGGGCCGAUUCCCCUAAUACCACUGCCCAGGCGGGGAGUAGUAGCGGCGCCGAUGGUGAGAACGGCGCUGAGGAGAAUGCAAGCGGCGGCCUGGAGAGUAUGUUCAAUUUCAGAAGUCUCGAGCAGAUGAUUGCUGGGCAGGAGGCGCAGCGGCAACGAAUGGAGGAAGGAGGAGGAGGAGGUGGUGGUGGUGGUGGGAGCGAUGUUGGUAAGGGCAAGGGCAGAGAUGGAAGCUCGAGUAGUAGUGGUGGUGGUUAUGCGGGCAACGCGGCAGACGUACGCUCUGCAAAAGGGAAAAUUGUCGAUAGGUCGUAG